AAUAUUUAAAUAUGGCGAUCUGACCUAACCAAACAGCAUUAGGAUUGCUGUGGAGCUAUCGGAUCACUCCAAUUUCCCAACCACGACUGUUUUAGAAGACCGUGGACUUACCUAAUCGGAAAAAAAUCAAAAUAUAACUUUCAAGUGUCCAAAUUGAACAAAAUGAGUUCUUUAGUUAGACUUGCUCAAGUUACAAAGAGAAUCGUUCGGCCGAUUCCAUUAAUUCAACGUCAUAUAUCAACCUCUAAAAAAAAUCAAGAAGUGUGCGUUACUAAUACGGAACUAACUGAACAUGAACCACAAAAACGCAACUGGCAAUCAUAUGGCUUUGAAAAAGAUAACGAAACAGAAGACUUGAAUGCUAUGCACGCAACUGGUUUUUUUUCAAUCACUUUAUGUAUAGUAGGUGGUAUAUUUAUGUUUGCAUAUAUGCCGGAUUACAAUUAUAAGAAUUGGGCAGAAAGAGAAGCUUUUCUUGAACUGAGAAGAAGAGAAGACCAAGGCUUACCACUCAUUGACCCUAAUUACAUACACCCAAGUUUGAUACAACUACCCACCGAAGAAGAAUUAGGUGAUACAGAAAUAGUGAUUUAAUAUUAUUGGUAUCAUAAUGUUAUAAAAUUACCAAUUUUCAUGUUUAGAGAAUAAAAUAAGAUAAUUUUCAAUAAAAAGAAACCAAAUGUUU